GCAGCCGCCGCCGUCCGAGCCCGGAGCCGCCGCCGCGCGCGGCCUCCUGCCGGUGAGCUGUGGCACACCAGACCUGGAGUUUUAAUGGUUUUAUAUAGUUUUUUUUUUAAAAGACGGAUGGAUGGAUGAAUGAAGAAGGAUUUUAACAAAGGAAGGGGAAGGGAAAAAUGGAGCUGUUUGGAACAAACUGAGGUUUCCCCCUUCACUGCCUGGGCCAUGGGUGAGACAGAGCUGCUCAGCCCCACUUCCACCCUUUGGUGUCUGCUGGGGUUGUAAAGACGCUCCCUGAACACCCCCUUUUCAUUCACCUGCUGGGAAAUGGUUGCUGCAGAGAAGAUUUAAUGAAAUUCCUGUUGCUCCCCAACUGCCAAGUGGAUACUGAGCCCAUGGAAGGGCCUGGGGGGUCAGGAGAAAGGAGCAAGUAGGAAAACCCACAAUCCGCCAGACCUUCCCCUCCGCCCCCCUCGAAAGAAAGGAUUUACAGCUCAACCUUGCACCAGCUGUUCCUCGGCUUUAACAGACAAGAGAGAAAUAAAUAAAAUUAAACAGCCACCGCCAGCCAGCCCCAGAUCCCGGUGAAAUCAGGGAGAGUGUUUCCGUGACCCCUCCAGCGAGGGGAGGAGGAGGAGACACGGCAGCUCCGUGAGGAAGCUGGGAUUGCUUGGAGACCACCCCCUCCUCCCGUGCAGCACCGGGGGCUGCGGCACAGCCGAGGCGGAUUAAAAAGGAGAAGUGGCUGCCCUGAGGCUCCCGGAGUGGCUUUUUUGCAAGCAGUUCGCUGAUCCUGUGCUCUUCUCGGGGUGCUGGCUGGCUGGGAAGCACCCUGCCCGAGCCUGGGGAAUUCCCUCCCUUCAGAGCCUACCUGUGGGAGUCCUGUUCCCUGUAGGCUGCUGCCUGGACUGAGGCUUGGAAGGGCUCUCAGCAUUCCCACUCCAACGGUUGUCCUAAGCCCAAAUCCCUUCUCUGUUGUGAAUUUUUAAUGUUUUUAACCCUCCUUCCCUGCGCUUGUGAGCUCUCACGGGUCAGAGCUUAGAGUGGGCUCCUCUCCUGGGCCUCCCGCUCCAGACCCUUCUCCGGACUGUCCGCCCCAGUCGGAGCUCGCCCCAGGAGCAGGCACGGGGGCAGGGUAGGGGUCAGUCCCUGUCCCCCUCCCCUUCUCAUCCUGCUCUGAGUCCCCUGGGGCCUGGGCUAUGCUGCGGGGCGGACCCCCCACCACAGCUCCAACAUGCCAGCAGCCUCCGGAAAGAGAUUCAAACCCAGCAAAUACGUCCCGGUCUCCGCUGCUGCCAUCUUCCUAGUGGGAGCCACCACCCUCUUCUUCGCCUUCACGUGCCCGGGGCUCAGUCUCUACGUGUCCCCCAUCAUCCCUGCCUACAAUGCCGUCGUCUUCCUCUUUGUACUGGCCAACUUCAGCAUGGCCACCUUCAUGGACCCAGGCAUAUUCCCACGAGCUGAGGAGGACGAGGACAAAGAGGACGAUUUCCGGGCCCCGCUGUACAAGACUGUGGAGAUCAAGGGCAUCCAGGUGCGCAUGAAGUGGUGCGCGACCUGCCGCUUCUACCGCCCGCCGCGCUGCUCCCACUGCAGCGUCUGCGACAACUGCGUGGAGGAGUUCGACCACCACUGCCCCUGGGUCAACAACUGCAUCGGGCGGCGCAACUACCGCUACUUCUUCCUCUUCCUGCUGUCGCUCACCACGCACAUCAUGGGCGUCUUCGGCUUCGGGCUGCUCUACGUCCUGUACCAGGUGGAGGAGCUCUCCGGCGUCCGCAUGGCCGUCACGAUGGUGGUGAUGUGCGUGGCUGGGCUCUUCUUCAUUCCCGUCGCUGGCCUGACAGGCUUCCAUGUGGUGCUCGUGGCCAGGGGCCGCACUACCAACGAACAGGUGACAGGCAAGUUCCGCGGGGGCGUCAACCCCUUCACCAAUGGUUGCUGUAAGAACGUCAGCCGGGUCCUCUGCAGCUCCCCAGCACCCAGAUACCUUGGGCGCCCCAAGGCUGAGCAGACAGUGCUGGUGAGACCCCCGUUCCUGCGGCCCGAGGUGUCGGAUGGACAGAUCACUGUCAAGAUCAUGGACAAUGGUAUCCAGACAGAGCUGAAAAGGACGAAGUCCAAGGGGAGCCUGGAGGUGACGGAGAGCCAGUCUGCUGACGCCGAGCCGCCACCCCCACCUAAGCCCGACCUCAGCCGCUACACGGGCCUGAGGACACACUUAACCCUGGCCACCACUGAGGACAGCGGCUUGCUAAGCAAGGACAGCCCCCCGACUCCCACCAUGUACAAGUACCGGCCCGGUUACAGCAGCAGCAGCAGCUCGGCGGCCCUGCCCCACUCCACCAGUGCCAAGCUGAGCCGAGUGAACAGCCUGAAGGAGCCCAACUCCAUCUGUGACAGCGGCCACAAGCCCAGCUACCGCUCAGAGCCAAGCCUGGAACCAGAGAGCUUCCGCUCACCCACCUUUGGCAAGAGCUUCCACUUUGACCCUCUCUCCAGUGGCUCCCGCUCCUCCAGCCUCAAGUCAGCCCAGGGCACGGGCUUUGAGACGGGCCACCUGCAGUCUAUCCGCUCAGAGGGCACCACCUCCACCUCCUACAAGAGCCUGGUGAACCAGACGCGCAACGGCAGCCUCUCGUACGACAGCCUGCUCACGCCCUCCGACAGCCCCGACUUCGAGUCGGUGCAGGCGGGCCCGGAGCCCGAGCCGCCGGUGGGCUACACCUCGCCCUUCCUGUCGGCCCGCAUCGCCCAGCAGCGAGAGACCGACCUGCACGGCCGCUUCGCCAGCGCUGCCUCCCCCAAGCACGCGGCGCCACGCGAGCCCUCGCCCGUGCGCUAUGACAAUCUCUCCCGCCACAUCGUGGCCUCCAUCCAGGAGCGGGAGAAGCUGCUGCAGCAGCCGCUGGCCCCGGGCCGGGAGGAGGAUGCGGGGCUGGCGGACUCGGGCAUCCAGUCAACACCGGGCUCCAGCAACGCCCCCCGCACCAGCUCCUCCUCGGACGAUUCGAAGCGCUCGCCCCUGGGCAAGAACCCGCUCACCCGCCCGGCCCUGCCCCGCUUCGGCAAGCCCGAGCCCCCCCCGGCUCUGCGGGUGCGCUCGCUGGGCUCCCCCGACCAGCCCGCCGCCCCCCACCUGGGCAAAUCCGUGUCUUACAGCAGCCAAAAAACAGCCUCUCAGGCCGGCGGCCCCGAGACCGAGGAGGUGGCCUUGCAGCCCUUACUGGCACCAAAGGACGAGGUGCAGAUGAGAACAGCCUACAGCAAGUCCAACGGGCAGCCCAAGAGCCUGGGCUCAGCCCCACCGGGCCCGGGGCCGGUGCCCCUCAGCAGCCCCACCCGCGGAGGUGUCAAGAAGGUCUCGGGUGUGGGGGGCACCACCUACGAGAUCUCGGUAUGAGGGGCAGAGCCGCGCCCCCUCCCCUCCUCCCCGGCGGCCCCCAGGGACCCGCCGUGCCGACGCUUGUGGACUCCCGGGAGAGCCGGGUGGGUCCCCCCUGCUCCUCCCU